AGUGUUGUGACAAAGUAACACAUCUAAAUUCCCCAGAACAUAUUGUACCAGCAAUAACAUUACGUAACACUUUGAGGUUUUUAAACUUUGGCAAGAUUUUAAACUUUAGUUAGACAUAGUUCAUCUUUAUAGGUAGAAAACAUAAAAACAUAAGUAGUGUAUGCAGAAAAUCAAAAGACCCAGGAAGAGAAAGUAUCUUCCACUCCUAUAACUAAAUUUAUAGACUAUUUUUAGUAAGCAUUUAAUCUGAAGCUUAUGGACAGUACGCAUUAUGGUAAAAACACCAUUCAAAAUAAUAAUAAUUCAAAAUAAAUACAAAAGGGCUUUGGAAAAGCCAGUCUCUCCAUUUAUUUUUCUUUAAAUCAAAAUUAUAAAUGCUUGCUAAGAAAAACAAAUGCAAUCAGAUGUAAUACAAAUCAGCAGUUCUCAUUAUUCCAAUGAGUCAGUCAAUCCACUACAACCAACACCAUAUAUUUUGUGUAUUUUACUUUUUAUGUCAGGAGAUAUAGGUAUCUCUCAUUUGUAUGAUGUGCUCUGCAUCCCAUCUACAUAAAGAUGUACCUAAAAAUAAGAAGCACUUCUAUAGGGUUACACUAUCUUAAAAAAAAAUUAUCAACUUCUCUGCUGAUAUAUUUUGGUAUUUAUGUUUAGAGUAGAUGAAACCUAAGCUAGACUGCAGUGCUAAUACAGAUAUAAGAGUUUCAUGGCACAGAGGCAUUUUUUUUGCACCCUUUAAAGCAGCCUUUGGACAGACAGAUGCCUGACAGUCAACAAUCCCGAUAAGAUGUUUUGCUCAACAAUCAUUUAAGAUAGAAAUUAGACCAAAUGGACGCCAUGUUCUUUGCUGAAAUCACAGCAAGGUAGCAACUCUGAAAGAUAAUGCCUCACAUUUGAGCAGAUCAGGCAAGCUUCAGCUAACCAGUGUUCACUGGUGUUGCAUGUUGCUUAUAAUUCAUAUCCUUGAAGGCAAGACAAUUUCCUUCCUUGCAGGAGAAAAGUCAGAAGUCAAUUUUCUUUCAUCUUUCUGUGUUGGCCAGUUAAAUAUUGGUAAACGCAGUGGUAAAAACAAAGUUCAAUAUGCUAUACAAUUCAGAGACAAAACACUUUGGAAAAGUACAUAAAUCAUUACAUUCACUCUAUUGCAGGGAAUUCAACUGGAACUUUGAACUCUCUAUGAUGAUUGAUCCAUUAUGCUAUAUCUGUUCUGCAAUCCAUCAUCUUUUAUACACCAAAACUAAAAUUUUUCAUUUAAAUACUUUUACAAUAGUAGAGAAUAACACAAAUCCAUCAAAUCCUUACCCAUUGCUACAGAAGACAGUGUUAACUAGCAAGAACUGCUUCAAAUCUUGUUUCACAGCUGAAAUGCAGCUUUCUGCUUUGAAAUUAGUAUUCAUGUUUAUUGUUUUCUCCUAAAUAAAACACUGACUUCUGAUUUCAUUCCAUACAAAUUUAGAACAAGCCAGCAGAGCUCCAGUAGUAGAAAACGUGGUAGUGAGGUAAAAAUUGACUUCAAUCAAUCAAUUUAUGAAUAGUUAAGUAUCAAAAUGAUCAGAAAAAAUUAAUGAGUGCACUCUGACUGGUAUCGAAGAGCAUGAGAAGCACUGUGUACAUUUCUUACAGCCACCAUGAAAUCAAGUUAUCUGACAGACUGCUUGGUAUUUUUGAUCAGGAAUAGUUUGUGCAAGGCAGUGGUCUGCAGGAAUAACAGCAGGGAACUUGCAGCAUAACAGCAUUGCUGUAUGUGAUCAAAAUGGCAACUAAAUGGUGCUGCAAACCAUAUGUAACUGAGUACAUAGGCUUUAAUCACUUACUCCUUUCUGUCUUCUGCUUUGUUGUUUUCAGCUUUUGUUAAUAAGUCAUGUUAUUUCCUCAAGUAUUCCACGUGCCCCCAAGUACAUAUAGAAAAGAAAAAAGACUGCCAUUAGCUUUAAAAAAAAAAAAAUCCUGUGAAAUGCCAGUUCCACCCUACCACCACAUGCCCUGAAAUGUAAUCAUCACAUGGGACAUGACCUUUCCUCGGUUGUCUGAGAGGGCAUACAACGACCUUAACCCAUGAGCUUCAGCUCUGGGAUUUACACUUUUUGUUUUCAUAUGGGGCAACAUCACGUCUCAUGGCCUUCUGCACAUAUUGUGAAAUCCCUCAGUCUACUCAAUUUGUUUUUUCCUAAGUCAGAUGUAGUCAUGGAGUAAAAAUGUAACUGUGCAAAACAUAACAGUUGCUUGAAAAAAUGUCUUCAUCCUUUUCCAAUCCUCUUUUCUCCAUAUAUUCCUUAAAAUAUGAGCAGCUACUGCUCAUGAUAUGACCACACACUGCUUCCUUACCCUAAUGGAUAACUGAUGAAUGCUUAUUCUGCUCUUGUGGCUGAGCAGCCCCUAAAGUUUUAUUUUCCAUUUUUUAUUAACUUGAUUCUGAGUCAUCACAAGGUACCUUGAAUACAACACCAUUCUUUGGAUGUUCUUAAGAUGUUAAAGUAGGAGAUACUCUAACCAAGGUGUCACAGAAUCACAGAAUUGUAGGGCUUGGAAGGGACCUCCAGAGAUCAUCGAGUCCAACCCCCUGCCAAAGCAGGUUCCCUACACCAGGUUGCACAGGUAGGCAUCCAGGCAGGUCUUGAACAUCUCCAGAGAAGGAGACUCCACCACCUCCCUGGGCAGCCUGUUCCAGUGAAGGAGCUAUACGUACUAUAUGGAAGGAAAAAAUAAAGGUAACAGUAAAAACAGCUAAACUUCAACUUCUAAACCCAAAAUCUAGAAGCAGACACCAAGUAUUUAGAGAAAUAAGACUUCCUCUCUGCAUACACCACCUUUAGAAUCAAGGCCUCAGCAUUUCUUUCACUGUCAUUUCUUGUCCCUUCACUUCCCAAGCCAGAACGCAAUCUACUCCUUCAAUAUAUUUUGUUACUACAAAAAGGAGUGUCACUCGGCAUGUCAAUGGGCAGCUGAGCUCUUGAGCAGAAACAGCGAGGCAACAGAAGCAGUUGCAAAGCAACCACAGGCAGUAUUAGUUGUCAGGGCUAACUACUUAGCCACAGAGCAGAAGGUAGCUUGCUUCCAGACUCCUGUGCUUAUGCCUUCUCCAAAAUGCACGUGGAAGAGGUAAAAUAACAGUGAAAUAUUUAAAAGAAAAGCAAUAAUUGAAGCUUCCUCUACUUUUAAAUGUCAAUUCCUGUUCUUCACUUCCAGCAUUCAGUCUCAUUUGGAGAGCCUAAGAGCCAACCUGCUCUACAGUAAGACACUCUGCAAGAGAAUAGGAAAGCUUACACAAUGAACACCUGUCAACAUUGUUCUCGCUCCAGGAGCUCAUGGGUAACAUACUCCUCUAGGAACGUUCCCCACCCUCGGAUUCUCUGCCACAUACAAGGGUUAAACAAUAGUCCGAUCUGUUCUGUAAGACACAGCUGUUUCGGAGAACCCCCAUAUGCUGUCCAAACAGCCAUCCCUGAGCAAAAAGCUGACGGAGAGUGUGUGCUAAAUGGGAAUGCCAGAGGCAGCUCACCUGCCAACAACUGCCUUCCAAGGCUUGAGGCUUUCAUGCAGAGACGGCCUGGUUCUUCACAGCUUGCGACACAACAUGGAGAAGGACUUGCAAAUGUUUCAGAGAGGACUCAAAGUAGCCCCAAAUCACCAGAAAAGCUUUUGAAAAAACGACCCCAAACCUCUGCACAACCAGCAACUGCCCAGGGAGUCCUCCGGACUCUCUCCCAGCCUUCUUCUGCAUGCCUCAAUUCGAGUCACAGUCCUCACGCCCAGCAGAACACAGAUUUUGACCUAAGCUACCUGCAUUGGGAAAUAAAGGUGCUCGAAAAACUGAGAAACAUUUUCCAGACGGAUUCACUUACAGAGAUCCAAGAAUGGCUCUCAAAGGCCAGUCUAAAAGAGAAAGUCUUCAUGUCCAGACUGAUUUGCUCUGAACUGACUGGUAAAGGCAGGCUGAAUAACCAGCCACAGGCAAUGCAGGAAGGUGCAGGAGAGAGCAUGAAUGUCCAGAGUUUGCUAAAGCCUCAGUCUCCUCAGAGAGGUCCAGAAGGAGAUAUAAAUAACAGGCCUUCAACUAACAGAUCAGAAGCAAGUCAAAACAUGAAGCAUGAAAUGGAUAAAGACCGUAUUUUGUUCUCAAGGCUGAGAAACAGAGGUCCAGCACAUGCAGACACAUCAUCCCCAGAGAAGAGUCAUGGCUGGCAAUGGAAACAAAGAGAUGUGCCCUUGAAUCCUGCCUUGCAGCAAGCAAAACAACAGACAGCCCCCACCCAAGGGAGGCCCAUAUCUUCAUAGCCAUUAAAGCAGCUGCAAGUCAUUUUCACAUACAGAAAUGCAUACUCUUAGCACUUACAGAUAUAAAAUUAGAACAAAUGUAAAGAAAUCUGUUCAGAUUCCCUUUUAAAAUUAUUUUCUGUUCGUUACAUUUGGCUCUCAAAUCAUGCUCAUAGGUACACGUGAAGUAAGCUAAAUGGAAACAGGCAGAAGCAAUGCUUUUCAGCAUCAGAUUUGUGUUUUUGCAUGAUCCACCUAGACCCACACUAAUAACUCUUGUUAUUCUAACUCUCUCAUAACUCUCGACAGUCACAGGCAUAAUGAGACAAGGAGAGGGUCACCACUUAAAAAAAAAAAAAAGACCCUGGGUUCUGGCUGCAGUGACUUCAGAUGUCUACCUCACAGCAAACCAUUGUGUACUUCCAUAUCUCCUAUUAUCAACAGAGCAGCAUCGCAGAUUGAUUUUAGCAUCUGCAGCACACGGGGCAAACUAAGCAUGAAAACUGCCAUGCAAACCUCAAGCCACUGAAAUGUAGGCCAACAAUGACAGAAAAAUACCUGGACCUUUCUUAGGUCAAGUGAACUGUGAAAGCAGAAGAAUUAGAUUUUAUCUGAACGCGUCCCUGUCAAUUCAUUCUCACAAAACCAAAGCAUGCCGAUAAAUAAGCCACAGUUCUACUGAUUUAUUAGGGAAAAAGAAAUUCAGUGAAAGUAGGUUCUUUCAAAACAACUGCCUCUUUGUUGGGAAAGGAGAGAAAGAGAGAAAUUCUGUUAGCACAAUGUUGUGGAAAAAGGAGCUUGGCUCUGAGCAGAGCUUAGCUUACUCUUCUAACAGCCCCUGUCAUCAUGUCCAAUCAUUCCUACCAUAACAGCCACCUCCUCCACUCCCACUUCUCUCUGCAGGACAGGAGCACACUGUGACCUGGGUGACAGUCCCAGCUCUGUGAGCAGCCAGUGAAAAGCCACUUGCACAGAGCAGUCAUUGCUCAGGUGCACUUGCCAGCUCAUACCACAGAUGCAGAAACUUAAACAAUUUAAAUGGGUAUCAGUUUCUGGGAUAUGUUAGGCAUAUGUCAUUUCCCUACAGCUGUCCAACUGUAUUAGCCUGUAGAUGGGAGCAGAUCUUCAAAUGGGAGGAGUUGACAAGCAUUAUAUUGUACAAGAUGAACCCCUUCCCUUCUACGGCGCUUUGAAGUUUCCCUUGUGUCUCGGGUAAUAACACUACAGAAGAGGUGGAAACCAAAUAGCAGCAAAACUGAACAGCAGGGCUGAGAGACCAUACAUCGAAUGAACAGUAACAAUAUCUGUGCGUGUACUUCUGGGCCAUAUUCACGUUGCCUUAAUUCUAUAUAAAUCUCUGCCCUAAGCAUUUCUUAUCAGCUGUCUCUCAGCAUCACGCUGUGUUAGUUGAGCCUGAAAAGCUUAAUUAAAUCUCAGAGACCUUGGAGACUCGUUACUGAAUAGAAUCAGAAUGAAAGGAAGGUUGGUACAGCUUCAAAAGCAUAGUUACGUUCCCUCUGUGAAGCUGGCAGGCUACUGAGCAAACACAUCAGAGCCAUUAGGUGAGAUAGUUUGCAAGGUUAGUUUUAAUCAGCUACAUCUUCAAAGUUAUUUCCCUUCAAAGUCAUAGGCUACUGUUUUUGCUAGAUGUCCAAGACAAAUGUCCCUCAAAGGUGCUUCACCCAUCUAGGAAAAUCAUAGAAUGACUUGCUUGGAAGGGAUCUUGAAGAUCAUCUAGUUCCAACCCCCCUGCUACAGGCAGGGACACAUCCCACUAGACCAGGGUGCUCAAAGUCCCAUCCAGCCUGGCCUUGUACACCUCUCCAGGGAGGGCGAAUCCACAACCUCACUGGGCAACCUGUUCCAACAUCUCACCACCCUCACAGUACAGAAUUUCUUCCUAAUAUCUAGUCUAAAUCUACCCUCUCCCAGUUUAAAGCCAUUUCUUCUCUUCCUGUCACUACAUGCCCUUAUGAAAAGUCCCUCCCCAGAUUUCCUGUAGGCCCCCUUCAGGUACUCAAAGGCCACGAUAAGCUCCCCCCAGAGCCUUCUCUUCUUCAGGCUGAAGAGCCCCAGCUCUAUAAGCCUGUCCUCACAGGGCAGGUCCUCCAGCCCUCUGAUCAUCUUCACAGCCCUCCUCCAGACCUGCUCCACAUCCUCCUCGUAUUGGGGGCCCCAGAACUGGAUGCAGUACUCCAGGUGAGGUCUUACAAGAGCAGAGUAGAGAGGCAGAAUCACCUCUCUCAACCUGCUGGCCAUGUUUCUAUUGAUGCAACCCAGGCUAUGGUUGGCCACCUGGGCUGCAAGCGUAAAGGACAAACAAGUUUCAAUGCAUGAAUCUUAAGCCUAGAAUAAAAGUUAUUUAUGUUUAGAGGCUAAAGAAUGGCAAAAGUCACACCAGAUCAACAGGCUACAGCCUAAUACAAGUGUUACCCAGUCAUGCUGUGCACCUGUCCUGACUCCUUCCCUGGUCCUACCUGCUUGCUCUAUUGAUAAUGUAGAUUCUCUAACAGGAAGAGCUGAAACAGAUUCUUACAAACACCAAAGCACAGCAAGGACAGAGAUAUUUGAAAGACUAUUCUGGUGAGACAGCUGCAUUUCUUUGUCCUGUAAUAAAAUUAGAUGCCUCAUCUUCAGAACUAUCAUUUGUUCUUCCCACCAACAGCUGGGAGCCCACAGCCUUUUGGAACCAUCCUCUGUUACUGAGAAGAAUCAGUAUGCUAGUUCAAACAGUCAUGCAUCAAUGUCAAACAUUUCUAAAUGCUUCAUGAACUACUUGGGUUGCAAACCAAUCUCCCCUGAAAGUAUUUAUUUCCAUUCCUCUUCAGAGAGGUUACACUGUCACUGCAGAUUGGCCCCACUCAAUAUAUCUCUGCAGUGUACAGCUCUAACAGGAAAGUUACAUGCUUCACUGGAAUAACUAAAUAUGGACAAAUUUUCAGUUUUCAGGAAAAAAAAAAAACUAUGCAGUCGUUGAAAACUAUUUCAAUAAGCAGUUCUGAAAAAAAGCCUUAUUAUUCUAAUACAUUUGAGUAUCUUUAUUAUGCAACUUACUCACUGAACAAAUAACUGACGGCACUCAUCAUUCACCGCCUUCAGUUCAGAUCUCAUACCCGUCUUUUACUGGGGAUUUACUUGGAGCUGGACUAGCAGUUGCCAUCUCUCAUUUUUAACAGCUGGAAUUGUUGCUGCUGUGAGGCAGCUUUCUCUAAGCGAUACGCCCAGCCUUCCCGCGAGUAAUUUUGCUGUCAUGCCUGCAACACAACCGUCAAACUGUCAGCAUGCCAUGCCAUACUGCAGGAUGCAAUUCAAACAGCUUGGAAGCCACGCUCAAAGUCCUACAAUUUCUCA